UUUGCCCCUUGCGUAACACGAUCGCAGUCUCUGCCCCUCCUUGUUUUUUGGUGGUUAAAGGGAGCAGCGACGGCGCCACCCACCCCGCUCCCUCUCCACCUCUCUUCCCUUCAUUCCGCACAGACAGGCGGGCUGAGCGCGGCGUGGAGACGGACUUUGGAAUGAGCGGUGCCGGGAAUCCCCUCCAAGCCUGCCUCUUCAGGCUGAAACCGUGAGAAGAAAAACAACGAAAAAGUGGGGGCUGCACCACCAGUCGGACAUCAGCUCCGCGGAAAGGAGCUCAGAAAAAAAACCCAAAACAUAAUAAUAAGGAUCAUCUCCUGCAGCUGCAGCAGCCUCUCCUCUCUCUCAGUGGACCCUUGCCCUGGAGAGCACUCCAAUCAUAUAGGGAGCAUAUACGUCCAUCGCCGCGCCGAAGGAGACGGUCACAGGAGCGCGACGAGGCAAAGAGAGGGAAGGGGCGAAGGGACGUAGCUGGGAGGAGAGGAUGGAGGCCCUGCUUCCUGUGCUGAAGAGUCACCCAGGCCCCUCGGUGCUGGUGUGCUCCCUGCUUUUCAGGGUGGCCCACCGGCUUCUGCAAAGGCUGCCCGUGCCCAAGGUGGUGAAGCAGGACGACCUCCGCUCCUGGAAGUGGAGGAACCUCUCCGUCUCUCUGGUGCACUCCCUGCUGACUGGGGCAUGGGCCCUGACCUGCGUGGUGGUCUGGCCAGAGACGCUGAGCAACAUCCACUCGCACCACACCCCUCUGUCCUACCUGCUCGUCUGCGUCUCAACAGGAUACUUUGUGCAAGAUGCAGGUGACAUUAUCCUGACAGGACAUGCAAGAGGAUCGUGGGAGUUCUUACUCCAUCAUGCGCUGGUGAUCUGGUGUUUCCUGUACGCCCUCUACACUCAGCUGUACGUGGCCGGCGCUGUAGUCGCUCUCUUUGUGGAGGUCAACAGUGUCACCCUGCACCUGAGGCUGAUGCUGAAACUGGCCGGCGCUCAGUCCUCCUCCAUGUUCCACAUCAACAAACUCGCCAACCUCUUCACCUACAUCACGUUUCGUCUGAGCACCCAGUUCUACCUCACCUGGUACAUCGUCCGCAAUUACUCCUGGCUGGACCACGGUGGAUACUUCCUCGUCACCAUGAUCAUGAUGAAUAUUAUGAUCCUGAUUUAUUUCUACCGCCUGCUCCGCGCCGACUUCUUCCACUGGAGUAAGAGCUAUAUGGGACAGAACGGGACUCAUAACAACAACUCCAAAAAGUUUCUCAAUGAUUGACCGGAGAAGGUUCAGGGGACUAUAUUAUGUUUUGAUUUAGGGUGGGAGUUUACUCAUUUUGUCUUUCUCAAACCAUUACUGACACCAUUCCUCGUGGUGACAGGUUUCCCUGUGUCUCACUGUCAAACAACCCCCCCCCCCAAAAAAAACAAAAAAAUUGGUAAUUGGUGGAACAAGGUGCAGCCUUGUUCAGGUCCUGCAUUCCAGCAAUGUUGGAAAGUCAGAAAAUUGACUUUUCACAGGGAAAGAUACAAAGCAGCACUGAAGCCAAAACUGUGGGUUGAACUUUAGCAACAUUUCUCAUACCAUUGCGAAGUUACCACUUUUAGCAUAUUUAAAAUUGAUUUUCAGUAUCAUAUAAACUUAAAGUAAUAGGUCGACUAUUUGGGAAAUUCAAUUCGUGGCUUUCUUGGCAAGCGUUUGAUGAGAAGACUGAUACCACUCUUCUGUUUGUAAAGUAAAUUCGAAGCCAUAGCCAGCAGCCGCUUAGUUUAGCUUAGUAUAAAGACUGGAAACGGGGCAACUGCUAGCAGGGGUAAAAAUCCUCCCGCAAACCACAACUUGUUGUUUUUACACUUCGGUUUUUGUACGGAUUUAAGAAAAAGAUAUAAUGAGUUAAUUGGAGAGCUUUAAAGCUCCUUCUGUUAAAUCAGUAAACAAUCACAAGCUAGCUAUAUUUCUUCACAGAGCGUCACACUAGCUAGUGAGCACACUGUUUGCUAAACGACACUGUUAAAGGCUACUAUACAGUUUUACUCUUUUACUGCAGAGUUGGACAUUUUGAAAGGUUGAAAAUACUGUGAUUUUUCAUAAUAGCAAAAUAUAUAUUAAGUUUCAGCUUUUAAUUACCAUUAACACUGGACUUUGGCCAACAUCAAACAUCCGCAUUUGCUUGUUUUUGCAGAAACUUCUGUACUUUCGCUCCAAGUUAGUAAUAUCGGCGCUUUCACAAAAAUUUGACUUUCCCAGUCGUAUUAUUUUAGCUUUGUUUAUUUGUUUUAUUUAACCAUUAAUCAACCAGGAAGCCUCUUGAGAUAAAUUAUCUCUUUUACAAGAGAGACCUAACCAAAAUGGCAAUGUGAGAUAGCCCAAGUGUCAUAUAGCUACAUAAGAACACACAUCAUCUUACAGCAACAAUAUACAACAAUAAUAUCACAAUAAAUACACAAUACUUCCUCAUGGAGCAUAUUUUUGAAGGUGACAUUUGAAUGUCAGAUAUGAGGGCUGCAUUGCCAGUUUCAACUUGGAUGUUACAAGUGGGAAACUGCCGAUUUUGGUAACUCCAGUAUGACAUGAACGCCCCAUUUGCAUACAGAUACAGAUACAAAAGUGGUGUUAACCUUCUCAUUUAACUCUCAGCAAGAAAGCAAAGUGUACGUCCAAAAACAUGUCACACUAGCCUUUAAUCCACCAAAGAAAAAGAACCUGUGUGAUAAAUAGUUUAACACAUAAAUUUGAAAUGUGAAAUUGCAUUUAACAUAUGCUAAUGGUCUUAGCUGACAACCUAGCUAUAUACUGCCAUAUAUCUUCAACAUUUGCAUGGGUAAUAGUGUUUUUAAUGUAGGGAACAUUGAAAUCUCGACCAGUUUUCUCUCCCUGGGCGUUUGAGCGACACGCCAAGUGAGAUUUUCUGACAUUGGACUUUGAAUUCUAGCAGCAGCAGCACAUUUUUAUAAUAUGUGUAUAUACAGCGCGUCCUCUCCCUUUGUCUCGAUGAAGCCUUUCGCGGCUGAGGAUAUACUGGGCUGUGACUUAACUGGUACAUAAUCUGGUAAAGGACCACUUGAACUGGUAACACACCCCAGUGCAGGACAAUUUCUGGUCCCGUUACGGCUGUCAUAUGAAAUCUGUUGGUAUUUGACACAAGUGGAGCUAAAGCUGGAUCUUCCUGCCAAUUCACAAUUUGAUCAUUUUGCUCAUUGGGAAGUGGGUACCAUGUGUAACCCUUCAUAAUGAGCAGGCAGCAGCACAAUCAGUACUGAUACUGCAUCACGAGGCGCUAGACACGACAUGGAGUAAUAGAAGAAUAUCCUGACAGUGUGUUUCUUAUUUGCUUGUUUGCGAAAUAAUAGUACUUUUACAGAGUAGAUCCCUUUUUUAAGACACUGAAUGACGAAAUUCGGGUGAAGAUGCGUCUCUCUUCCUUUCCUCGAAAAUAGAUAUACAGCAUUUUGUAAAUAUGUCCUCAAAUGUGCAUUGCUUUUUGGUUCAUUUCAAAGCAUAACGCAAGUUCACAUAGUCGACCAUUAGUGGACUUUAAAUGCCAAUUUUCUUAAUCAGUUGUGGCUGUCAUUUAAAAACCUGAUGAUCGUACAUUUUAUUUUCUGUUUCAGCAAACACCAAAGGGAUAGGGACAGAGUUUAGAUGUGUCUGACCUGUGCUACAGUGCCUUUACCACAGUGCCUUUUCAGAAAUAAGAACAAAGCAGAGAUAAAAACUAUAUAAGAAUAAGAACGUAUAGAUAUAGUAUAGAAUGAUAUAAGUAUGUGCUUUUGUAAAAGCUGAGAUUUUUGAGAGAAAAUAAUACUAAAUUCAUUUGACAAUGACCACAAUAAUGUAUAAUGUAUCUUGUAUUAAAGUGACAGCUUCUUUUUAGGAGCCCUGUAUUUUGGAUUGUUGAGUGAUACCAUUAAAUUUGAAAAGUAUUUAAAAUCA